CACUAAAUGUAACUCAUAGCAUUAGCAUAUAAUUCGCGUUAGCUUUAGGCUAGUGCUACGAGACGAAUGCCAGUUUUCGUUUUACGAGACGAAAAUGCGCCAUAGUUUCUGUCACAUGUUCACAAUGUGUGACUCUUUUUUGUGUCGUUAGCUUGCAUUGUAGCAGUGUCUGGUUGUGUCACUCGUGUUGUACUACGCCUUGCAAAACACAGUAAAAAUUUUCUUAUCUUUAGCCUUUAAAGGUCUGUGCUGAGUGAUCAUCAGAUACUAAAUGUAACUUCUAGCAUUAGCAUAGCAAAUUCACACCUUCACUUAUUUUUGGACAAAACUUUUGAAUUUUACAGACGAAAAUUUUUUGAGUAUUUCAACCAUAAGUAAACAAAAUUAGUAAUAUAGUUUUCGUCAACGAAAACUAGACAGAGACGUAUACAUUUGAAAUAACUAAAAUACGACUAAGACUAUUAAGUAUCUUUGUCCAAAAUACUCGGACUUUGAAAAGGGCUGUCAAAAACAACACUGGAUCCAAGUUUGUUUUGUAUCACCUUCGCACGAGUGUACCACCGAGACCAGGCUGAUGAAGAUCCAAAUGACCGCGUCGGUCUUCAUUGUGGACUGGAUUCUAGAGAGAGAAACACAUCUCGCUAACGACUCCUCGAGAGGUGUUAUCAUCAAUACAAACAAAUUCAAAACCAUGGCGAGACCUUACUUCGUCAGUCAGGAGACCUUCGAGACUUUGUCAUGUUCCUCUUCACUGACUGUUCCCUGGCAGGGGAGAAAAGAUGCCUUUUAAUGCUCAAGAAUGAAGAUUGGUUCAGAAAUAGAUGACAGACGUUGGUGGAAAGGUGGUGGGAGGGGCGACAAAGAGCAGGAACGUUUGCUUCAGCAGAGAAAAGGAUGAAAAAAGCUCCCUCUCGUGGUUCAUAAAGCUGUUUUCGCUUUAGCGCUCAGACUAUUUAAGUCAUGAAUGCACGUAAAAUAAGCAGCGGAGGAAAAGACAUACACUGCCUCAGUCUGGCAAUUCUUUUGUCCUUCCACGUCACGCCUCCAGGAGUCGCCUUAGCAACAUGUUUUACAACCAGCUUGUGAAAUGUACUCCGUGUAGUAGGAUGGUUGUACACAGGAACCCUCGAGAGACAAGGACUUCCAUUCCAAAGUGGGGGAUGUAAGAAAGACCUCAUAGUAUUUACCGACUAUUCGUAGCUGGUUGCAGUUCGGUCUUAAAACUUUGUGAGACGUUUCGCCUCGACGAGGAAGACGAGGAGUCCUCGUGUCUUCCAACUCUUUAUGGACACCAAACAGGACGAUGUGGAUCGAGAGACGGCUUUGGGAGUGCUGAGUUGGCUCAGUGUUUUUUAUGCGAAUAGAAUGAGCGCAUGGAGGGAUGCUCUUCAAAAGUGUGUCUGCUUCCUUAACCCAAACCCGCCUGAUUUUACCGGUGCUUUGUUGAGUCUUCUGGAAGACUUAGAGCAAAUUCAAGACCAAUUGAACAGCAUUUGCAACAAGGUGGAGACUCAAGUAAAUCAGUUUAACUCGGAAGCAUCUCCAGACCUGAUGACUCGGCACCCCGAAACCGAUGGCGUACCGUUAGCCUCGAAGGUCCGGUCAGAAUGUGAAGAUGGAGAUGGUCAAGAACUGCUUUCAAGCAAUGAGCAAACAUUUGAGUCGGACAGUGUUACGUGUCGUGAUGAAGCAGAGGGUCAGGAGGUCAAAGGUAAUGAUGGCAACAACAUCUCAGACGGCGUCUCAGAGAAGAAAGAAUGGAUCAGGAUCGGACAACCAGACAUAGCAGGCGCAUGCUUCAUCAGAGCACCUUUGAGUUCCGCUGAAGCUGUGCGCUGCGAGGCGGCCGAUGCCAUGAGUUGCCUCAUGGUGACCGGCGCCGAGGAGCUGCUGAGCCGGGUGAUUCGGCUCCGAGCCGAAAGCCACGACGAUGACCUCCGCUUCCCUCUGACUUUAGCGUUGUCUUUCCGGGCGCGUUACCGUGGCAGCUACAGAACCAUAACUGUCAAGGUGGUGGAUGCCGAGGGGAGGGCCAGCUACCUUCUACCUGCUACGACGAAGGACACGUAUGGUGGGAAGAGGGGCUCCUUCGCAGAGGUUAAGGUAUACUCCCUUGGCUUGUUCGCGGUGGUUUCCUGUCUCAAACAGGAACAUUUCACAGUUCCUCGACGAGGCGUGUCAUAUAAAGUUCCCACGGACCCUCGUAUCUGCCUCAACUACCUCCCUGGAGCCUUUGCUGCUCCUGUAAUGGUGCAGUACACGAUCCAACCUCUCGACGCCGUUCUCCUGGCUUCCGUCAAGCCAAAAAGCGAGGCCUAUCGCCGCGUGGUGUCCACCAGCCCAAUACUCUACCUCACGCACCCGUCCUCGCAGACACUUCAAAGACCCUUGACCGUCACACUUCCCUGUCCGCCAAAUCCUGGCAAGCGGAAAGACACGAGGGGACAAGCGGAGGAAAAGCAGCGCUGCCUUCCUCAACUUGCCGCUGCUCCUCCAGCGUUGGAUUGGUCUUGUUCCCAGCAGAGGAGGAUGCCGGUUCCCUGCACGCAGUCUGCCAAGGAGAACCCUACGGAGCUUCUGAGUGUAGUGACCUCCAGGGACAGACAGUGGAGCUUUCUGGAAGACGUCCCGAUUCGGAAUCAUCAAAACGGCUUGGUGUCUUUUGAAAUUGCAGAGAGCUUUGACAGUUUCCUUGUGGUUCGGCUGUUGUCCCCGUUGCAAGCUUUCCAGCUCACCUCCCUGGCGGAGGACUUGGUGGAGACAGCCCGGCACCACCUGGUCACCGUGGUAAUUUGGCGGCUGCCGGACGAACCCCGCGCCAUCCUGGUGACCGCCCUGCCUAGCGGGGAGCUCAGGUGGGAACUUGCCCGACAGCGAGCAAAGGGCAACGGUGCGCCCCUGCAGACGUCUGCUGAGAUUUACAUGCAGGAGGGGGACCAGCUUCUCCUCCAUCUUUGUGGAAACAUCUCCUGCGCAGGAACUCAGAAGAACCAUCGCAUCACUUUUCACAGUCAACGCAAGAAUGAGCUACUUUUGCAUCUGACGGAAGUGGACCCCUUUGGUAACUACAGCUCCCCUCACUACAAGGGCGUCGUCGACUUCUAUAAGGUCAGCAGAGAUCAAGUGGAGUGGCGAGGGGACACGCCGGUCCGCGUGGAAGUAAAAAACCUAGGGAACCCCGUGUGCACGCUACCCUUGACUUUGCCAAAGCGAGUGAAACCAGCCGUGACACCGAAGACUAAGCUUUCUGAGCGGAUGGAGUCCACCUCAGAACCGCCGCUCGUCUGGCUAUCUGGCGAGCUUUCGGAAGACGAGUUGGCCCCCUUGGCGCUUUCGCUACAUCUUCGCCGCAGCGCCGCCCAACUGGUGAAACUGCGAGCUGGGGACAGUUUGCCGGACCGAGCUUUGGGCCUCUUGACCAUAUGGAAGAGGGAGCUGCCCGCGUCACAGAUGCAGCCCAAAAUUUCCCAGUUGGCGCGUUGCCUGGCCAGGAUCGGCCGGCCGGAUCUGGCCAGAGAGCUGCUGCUGCGCCAGGCCCGAGGAACGCGACCGUUGGACGUUGAAUGAAAAUACUCUGUCUUGAGAUAAGUCUUUCAUUCGUUUGCAGAAUGAAUGAUGCUCCUCAAACAUAUCACAAUAAAGUAUGAUAAGGUUUUUAAAUAUAUUUCUAAACCUUCCCCAGAUUUGCACUG